AUGGAUUCAAACGGGGCCUUACGACCCCUGGAUGAAUACCCGAUCCGCGAACUUCCUCAGCUCUCUCUACGUAUUGCGCCUUUACGUGAGCCGGUCUCAUCUCGUACCCUCAGCGUCCCUUCGCCCUUGGAACCGAAUGCCAGCGGCACCAGGGAAUCGAAUGCUAUAUCGAAGGGUUCAACGAAUGAUGGAAAUAUUCCCGCCAACCUGAAAGCCGGUCUCCCAACAGUUACCGAAUUCCUCAAUGCUGCACGAAGUAAGAAAGCAGAAUCUGCGGCAGACUCCCAUUCGAACGUUGAACUACCGCCCAGACCGAUCCUCCCCGCUUUUGUUAACCUUCGCGCGCUGGAACGCUUCCCAUUUGCAUCUUCCUUUGACGAUGAUGCACUCCACGGACAGCGCAAGCGGCGGCGCUUAGACCUUCAGCCCGAUUCUUUUAGCGAGCACUUGCAACUUCCUAUCCCUCAGGCUCAGAAAGAACAACGCCCUCCACCUUUUGGACCGUUUGCUAUUCUGAAUGGAUUGAAUGAGCCUCCACCGAAUGCUGCUCUCCUUCCUCCCAUUGAAGCUGGCUCUAUUCCUCAACUUCUCACGAAGCCUUCCCGAGGAGAUGCUGCUGUUGAUACCGGUAGCUUAAUCUCUGCCAAUGGCCCAAUUCCAGAGGGUCAACCUGCGGAGAGGCGAGAGGCCCGGAUUGAAGAGCUUCUCGGUACCACUCUUGAUGAUAAUGAAUAUGACGACGCACGUAACCAUGAUGAUACAGAACGACCCACUCAACCGGAGAUUGAAACUACACCCAAAGAGGUGACAAGCGAGAAAGAAAUUUCUCGCGAUCAUAAAACCUUGACGCUUACGGAUGGUGAUAGGCCCGUGUCCCCUAAAACCCGCGGCCGGUCACGCAAGAACUUGAGGAAGUGGACCGAGGAGGAGACGACGGACUUGCUUCGAGGAGUCGUCAAAUGUGGCAUUGGAAAUUGGACGACAAUUUUGGCGCAGCCUGAACUCAAGUUCAACAAACGAACUGCUUCCAACUUGAAAGACAGAUUCCGAGUCUGCUGUCCCUGGGCAUAUCGUGCCUCCGAUCCAAACGAAGCGACCAAGCAAUUGCGUGAUAACCUUGCCAACACUCUUCUCAAAGCUCAUGCACAGGGCUCCACUGAUUCACUUGGCAAGGCACCGGGCAAAAUCCAAAUACCACCGCCAAACUUUAUGAAUGACGGGUCUGAGCCAAGCUCUGGGACGGCAAGCUCUGCCAACAGUUGGCAUAAGGCGUCCACUUCUAGCAUGUCCUCUGUAACCCCCGACACGGAUCCUGGGACGGUCGGUAGUCAGUCUCUGUCACCCUCGGUCAAGGGUACGCCCAACUCAGAAAAGUCUCAAGCCACCUUAGAAUCUCUCGGCCUACCAGAAGCACACGUCACAACAAAGUCCAAGCGACGCUCCCGCCGUCCGUUCACAACCGCAGAAGACGAAGCCCUUCUCAAAGGCUACGCCGUCCAUGGUUUCCAGUGGACGCUCAUCCAACAAGAUAAGCGGCUCAACCUAGGUCAUCGCAGGGCGACUGACCUUCGCGACCGUUUUCGCACCAAGUUUCCCCACGCAUACCGCGAUGGGGGCUCUGUCAGCGGGAACUCUCUCCCACAAAGGCAGGGACUGGCUACUGGCACACCUGGGCCGGCGCCUCGUGACCGCCCGUCAAGCAGCGGAUCCACGCCGACAAAAGUCCCUCCUACGGCUCCUCCUCACGCGCAUACCCGCCACCUAUCCGGCUCUCAAACCAACCCUGGUCAAACUGAUCCGGCUCUACUGCCCCCUCCCCAGGGGGUUUUCGAGUCCUCUGCUCCCAAUAUGCCUGCAGUGUCGGGCCUACUUUCUUUCCCAGUGGAUGACAAUACUGGAGGGGCAUCCUCGCUAUGGGAGGAUAACACGCUUGCUCCCAUGGUUUGGGAUGAUCUAGGCUAA